CGAAUGAUCGUACGAAAUUCGAAUUUGAACCCAAAUUAUUCCUCAAUGAGUUUGACCUAAUCGUUUCAGAUUAUUUUGGUCAAAUAUAAAAACAUGAUUUGGUGGAAGACCAAAUGGUUAUGGAGCAGACAAUGGAGUACUAGUUGGCCCAAACAGAUCACCAUACGCUCGACGAAGAGAUUCUUCUUGAUUUGAGUAAAAGAAAUCCGUGUCUCCAUACGUGUAUAUAUUGUAUAUUUUUUGAAAAUAAAUCGUUUCGUGAACCUUAUGUAAUUAUGCAACACCUCAGACCAUUAUCAUAUAAUGAAUUCACAUAAAAUAUUCGCAAGUUAUUCGGUAUUAUCUAUAUUCGUCAACAAGUAAUCCUCGUAAUUCAUUUGUUCGAGUAUCGAAAGAUAUGAAAAAAGAUCAAAACGUUGCUUAAAACUAGAACAGGUUGAAGGUGAAGUUCUAUUCUAGUCAUUCACUCUGUACAAGUUCAACUCCAUCCAUCCGACAUAGACGCUAUAAUCUUGUGGUGAUGUUUAAAAUAAUUUUGUUACUCUUGAUCCAAAGUCUGGCACAUAUAAAUGAGGUAUUUGGGGCUGAGGACGAGCUACUUUCAGUUGUUGCGGUGUUCAGGCAUGGGGAUAGAACUCCAACCGAUUUUCCACCUACAGAUAAUUACCAAAACCUGAGCUAUUGGCCAACGGAACCUGGAGAACUGACAAACAUUGGUAAAACGGAGCAUUUUGAACUUGGAAAGUGGCUCAGGAAGCGAUACUAUAAUUUCCUCUCUACAACCUAUCAUAAGGAUGACAUUUACAUCAGAGCCUCCAACACCGAUCGCUGUCUGAUGUCAGCAGAAGCCAACCUAGCAGGCUUGUUUCCUCCUGUUGACAGACAAAUUUGGAAUGAAGAUCUUAAAUGGAUGCCUAUACCGAUACAUACAGUUCCCUCAAAAGACGACAACUUAUUAAAGAUGGGAAAAGCCUGUCCUAACAUGAAACAGAAAUAUAAGGCCCUAUUAAACAAUGACCAUUUCAAAGAUAUUGACAAGAAAAACUCGAAAUUGUACGAUUUUCUGUCUGAAAAACUCGGAUUGCAGAUCGAAAAGUUUUCUGACAUUGAGGCACCUUACGAUACCAUGACUGUAGAAGUUGAAUAUAAGUUGGAACAGCCGGAAUGGACUAACACACCCUGGGGUGAAGAUAACCAUAAGCUAUUUCCCGACGAAAUGAAAAUUUGGGCGGAUUUGUCUUACCAAACCCCCACUUACAAUCAAGAAUUAGCCAGACUUGGCACCGGGAGGUUUUUUGAUACUGUUGCUUCCCACUUUCAAUCAGUAUUAAACAAAAACACUGAAGAAUUGUUAGCAAAGAAAAUGGCCUUAUUUUUUGGUCACAAAAGCACCAUCUGCGAUUUAACUCACACCUUAGGCACAUUUAGGUUGGCAUCAUAUGCUUCAUCAUUGAUCUUCGAACUUUGGAAAAGCUCUACAGAUCAAACUAUCUACGUUACAUUGAACUACCUCGAUAAUAUGAAUCCUGAAAAACUCACAAUUGCUGGAUGUACGGAAAAUUGUGCUUUCGAAAAAUUCCUAGCCAUACUUGAACCAAUCAGAAUGAAUAAAACAGUUUGGAAACAGGAGUGUAAAGGGAAUGGCGCACAUAAGAUCGCAAGCUCCAUUACGGUUAUAUCACCUGCAAUUUUGGUCGUGAUAUACUAUUUAGUAUAAACUCUGUCAAAAGAGGGUAGAAAACAUAAACCUUACUUCAUGGUAAAUUUCCAAAACCAUGAAAUAUCUGAUCAUACAGACUCUUAAGGUGUCAUACCAAUUAUUCUAUGUAUUUUAUUACAAUAACCUUCUUGCCCAACGGUGCUUUUCAAGGAACAAAACAAAUUUCAAUUAAUAUUUGAUAAUGUAAAUAUAAAUAAGUAUUAAAGCAUAUCAGUUCAUAAGAUUACCACGACCAUAUGUAUGUGUAAAGAAGUGGUACUACUCACCAAUUGUUGUAAUAACUACGAUAGAAUAAAAAAGUGACCCAGUGCGUGUCCACUGAACAAUG